AUGAAUAUGCUCAAAAUACCAAAUACUGCACUGUUAUUUUUCGACUAUUUUUCAACCGGAACCUUUUUCAUACUCUUGAUUUACCUCUUUACCAGACUUUGUACACACUUGCUUCAUUUUCCGUCACUAAAUUGUCAUUUAGAUGUGAUAAUUUAUCAAAGCCGUGCCGUUAUCAUUUUUCUUGUAGUAUUUGUAUACUUCGUUGGUGUUUUGACAUGCAAAAUAAACGAUAAAUUUUUGGUCUAUACGAUGCUGAGGAAUCGAAGACGGUUAAAUACUCUGUUAUAUACACUUAUCCUUUUCACUUUCGCCCUAUGCUCAUUGUGUUCAGUUAUAUUUGUACCGUAUACCAGCUUUGCUAUAUUUCUACUCUCCACCUCGGUCUUCUUGUUAUUUUCAGACUUGUCUAUAUUUUUGAUUGUACUGGAGUACUAUUUAUUGGAAACUGAAUUGUUGAAUUAUCAACAUGCUAAACGCCAUUGUUUACUCAGUCAUUUAUUUUCAAACCAAUUAUUUGUGGAUCAUAUACUUGGUAUGUUUCUAAAAACUUCUUUGUUCAGCAUCAGUAUCACAUCGAAAUAUGCAUACUUGGAAAGUAUCUUUAAAUCUACUUUGAUGGAGCAAAUUAUGUACAUUGUGAUCAUAUUUGUUUUCCUACCAUCAUUUAUGAGGAUAUUUGCGUCGUAUGUGAGAAGAAUGUGCGGUAAACAGCAAAAGUGCUUAGUGUCGAAUAAGUGGGUAUCCAGCUCAACACGAAAGCGUAGACAUUCAUACUCAUCUGGCCACUCUUAUGUGGAGUAUCGACGUAUGAGUAUCCACAACCUUACUGGUUAUGAUGUCAACCCGAAUCGUUCUGAUAAGUGUUGGUCUACUACUUUCAUGAUAUUUGUCAGCUUGAUAAUACUUCAUUUAAAUAAUCGGUAUUCUGAGCGAAUUAGUUCUUUCAAGCACAAUUCAAGUGAGAAUGAAGUUUUUCCUAUCUUAUAUAAUGUUACUGCUUAUGAAGUUACUAGUAUCUUCCGUUUCAUUUACAAUAUAUUGCACUUUAUCAAUGUCAAUAUGGUGGUCUACUUGUUUCUCGGAUUGCUAUUAUUUAAGCGUAUCAGAUUGAAUAAACCUACUAACUCACAAUUACGUAACUUGAAUAUUCCUAAAAUAAAAGAGACCUUGCUUAGUGACCAAGUAAAGCAGUCUCCAGUAUUACCAGAAUUUUCGAAAAAAUUAAAUGAUGUUCCUCUUCAGUCAAGAAGACGGAUAUAUUGUUUACGUAAAGACGACGACUAUAUCGAUAAAAACGAUUCCUCGUCUGUUUCUACAUUUUCUAAUACGUGUAAGAAUGCCAAUGAACGCCCAUCCAAUGUAUUGGACCUGGAUAUGUUGACUGAAAAGAUUAAGCAGGGCUUGGGACAUGAACUAUCAGAUACAGAGAUUUUACAACUGAUAUCACGUGGAAGGCUUAAAACUCGUGAAUUAGAAUCAGUCGUUCGCAAUCCAUUUCGGGCUGUUGAACUCCGUCGUUUAGAUUUGUCAACAUUUCUUAAUAACCCACAUAUUAUUGAACGCAUUCCAUACAAAGACUAUGAUUAUCGUCUUGUAUAUGGUCAAUGUUGUGAAGAGGUUAUCGGGUACAUGCCUAUACCAGUUGGAAAAAUUGGACCUCUUCUACUGGAUGGUCGUUCUCAUUACAUUCCUUUGGCUACUACUGAAGGAUGCUUGGUAGCCAGCACAAAUCGGGGAUGUCGUGCAAUUUUUUUGGCUGGUGGUAUCAAAAGUGUCGUCUAUAGAGAUCAAAUGACAAGAGCACCUGUUGUUUGGUUUCCAUCAAUUAUUGAUUCAUCAGCUUUCGAUAAAACUAGCGCACAUGUAAACUUAUUAUCAGUUUUUGCUUGUCCGGCUGGUCGAUAUAUUCAUAUUCGAUUUGCUGCACGUACAGGUGAUGCUAUGGGUAUGAAUAUGGUUAGCAAAGCCACUGACAGUGCUUUGCAUUGUCUACAAAAAUAUUUCAGUAAUAUGCAAGUUAUCUCUUUAAGUGGAAAUAUGUGUACAGAUAAAAAGCCAGCUACCAUAAAUACAAUUCUUGGUCGUGGUAAAUCUGUUAUUGCUGAAGCUCAUCUAUCAGCUGAUGUACUGGCUCAAGUGUUACAUACCAACGCACAACGAUUAGCUCGGUUAACUCAUUCCAAAAAUUGGAUUGGAUCUGCAAUGGCCGGUUGUCCUGGUAUGAUGGGAUGUAAUGCACAUGCAGCAAAUAUUAUUGCUGGAAUGUUUGCGGCUACGGGACAAGAUUUAGCUCAGACUUAGUACAUACCUAUACCGGCAAGACCACAAUAAGUUGGUGUCACUGCUCCAAAUAUGCGAUAGCUAUUUUGUGUCGACUCGAAAUAAUGGCUAGGUGAGAUCAAGUGAAUGAAGAUUUCAACAUCCUGUAUACUUACUUCGGCGACACUGUAUACACUGAUGACAUGAGACAGUAUAAUACACCGGAUUUUCAGCGUACGUCAAGUUUGUAGUUGUGAUUUCAGGAGUUAAAACGUUGGUAGGGUAAUCUGUGUGUCUAAGUCUACUUGAAAAUUUGUUGAGAUAUAGGUUGUAUCAUGUUCUUUAGUCGGGCUUAUCAUCUGUAAUAACCCAUCUGACUCUUAUUUUAAUGUAUUCCUGGGUAAUCACAUAUGUUAUUCUUGGACUAGACCCGUUAAAUAGUGAACUCAAAAAACGGGAUGUAAGAAGCUUGAUACGAAAUAUGUUGGGAACGUUAUGUGUCAUCAAUAGGGUUUCGUGAGAUCCAACCAUGAGGGUGUAUUUAGAAUAAGAGUAAUCGAGUAUUCGAAGGAUAACUGCAUUAAUAAAUGAUGCUCAUAAUCAUACUGGAACUAGUGUCAAGUAGGUAGUAAGUGUAUGUUGUAGUAAACAUUAUGUACCUAAGUGUUUUAAGGUUAUAUGUGUGUUAGUUAACACAUAAACAAUUAAAAGGCAUGUAUGGAACAAUGCUGGGAUUCGAGAUCUAGGAGAAGAUAAAUCGUGAAUUCAUCUGAGAUAUUGUAAUCGAUUCUGAGCUGUCACUCAUUCUCCAAUCACUGGUCUCUGUUAUUGCAUAGACACGCAACCAGGUAAUCUGAAUCAUCUAGUGUUUCAGACGCUCAGCCAAUGAUUUCGUUACACACCAACCCACUAGAGCUGGUGCGACUUCCGAGAUAAGUAAAGCGGUCGACGCGUUGAACUACUUGACUCCAUAUUAUUGGUUCACGUGUUGACACACAUCAGUCCUGAAGUGAAAUUCAGCAUGGAAUCAAUUUGAGACUGAUAUUGUGUAUACCACUCUUUCUCUGAUUUACUUACUUUUUGGUUCAUAUAAUUUGAUCUACUGAAAAUUGAAUAUUAAUGAGUCAAUAUAUUGCUAUGUGGUCACAUUUGCAGUACAAUUCUUAUCGAUUUUCGUACUGAUUUAAUUUUCCUUCAUUAACCUCGUCAUAUCACUUUCAACUUCUGAAUAUACGUUCGACUUCUCGAAUUCAUGUAAAGGCAUCACUACUAAUAAUACAUAUUAUCGGCUUCUGAUAAGCAAAGUUGGCUAUAUAGCAAUAACAUCAUUAGCGCGAAUGAGAGGUGUAUGAAACCUAUUGUAACCAACUGACGAUGGUUGUAUCUUUUAGAAAUGACCCAUACAGUCAUCGUUCUGAAAUGUGUGGAAGUUGGAAAGUUAGUUGCAGCUAUAGGUGAUUUGAACGCACACAGUUUGUGGCCUUUAAUUUAUUUUGAUUUUUGGCUAGCUGCCAGUUCUUGCUCAUCUGAAAAGUUCCAUUGAUGUUGAAAAAAGAUACGGUUGGAUUAUGAGGAUCCACGGAUGUGUUUGUCUUUAUACAAUCGAUGAUUAUAUAUAUAUAUAUAUAUAUA